AUGUGUUCUUUUAAGGAAAUGUCGGUUGUGGUGGUCAGCUGUGAAAAGUGUCACAAGGCUGCUGUGCCAGGCUACUGCACUAUCCACGCACAUACACAAGUAGACACACAGUCUCCGCCUACGCAUAGGCCAGGCUCCAAAACCUGCUACGAUGUGCCGAGAGGGUGGAUAGAGACGUACAGUUUGGCCGACUUGUGCUCAUUCUGGCUCGCUUCAACCGGCCGGUCUAUCUCAUCGAAUUGGUGA